AUGAGGUGUUUCAAAGGGUUAUUGCUGCUCCCAUUCACGCUGCUAUCGCAUGUCCACGCGCAGGACAGCACGGCAAUCUUAGAGGCUGCCAUAAAAGAACUGCCGAACUGCGCGCUGCAAUGCAUGAUAUCCGCCGUAUCGAAAUCUUCCUGCAAACUGUCGGACUUUUACUGCAUAUCGCGGGAUGUGGAGCUCAAUGAGAAAAUCAACGUUUGCGUGCAGGCCAAUUGCACCAUCAGAGAAGCGCUCACUGCCCAGAACUUCUCGCAAACCGCGUACGGACAGCCAAUUCGCGAUCACACACACGUGGUUGUCUAUACUGGAAUGAUAGGAGGCGGCUUCGCUAUCCUUGCAGUCAUACUACGGGUAUUCGCUCGCCUACCAUGUUGCGGUGGAACUUGGGGCUUAGAUGAUUGGGCAAUUAUUGUAACAAUGGUACCUGUACUUCCGUUCACUGCUUUAUCCGUUCCUAUCGCGAAGUAUGGCCUGGGUAAAGACAUAUGGACCGUGCCCUUCGACAAGAUCACCAAGAUUCUUCAUGCAAGUGUUGCCAGCCUAUUUACAUCGGUGGAUGCGGCUAACGACAUGGUGCAGAUAUACUACUUCGAUGAGCUCUUCUAUCUCACCUCAAUCGGCCUCACCAAGAUCUCAAUCUUACUAUUCUACCUGCGCAUCUUCCCAAACCGGAACUUCCGAAGAUUAGUGUACGCUACUAUUGCUUUGUGCGUCGCCUAUAUCCUCGGCUUCGUUUUCGGUGUUGCCUUCCAAUGCUGGCCUAUCCACUACUCGUGGGAUCGGUGGGACGGCCAACAUGAAGGAAGGUGCAUCAAUCUGAACGUGGAAGGCUGGAUGAGCGCUGCCUUGAACAUCAUCUUCGAUCUAGUCGUCAUUUCCCUGCCCCUGCAUGAGUUGAGCAAGCUCGCGAUGAGCCGACGCAAGAAAGCAGGAAUCAUGUUGAUGUUCUUAGGUGGUGGAUUCGUUACUGUCGUUAGUAUGCUCCGUCUAAAGUGGAUGGUGCAGUUCGCCAACUCUCAAAAUGUCACCUGGGACUACACGCCGAUUGGUUAUUGGUCCACGCUGGAGGUUCACGUUGGCAUCGUCAUCGCCUGUCUCCCCGCUCUGCGCUCCCUUCAGCAUCGUCUGUUGCCCAGCACGAGAUCACCGAACAGCUACUAUCCCCAGCCUUCCAGCGGGUAUGGGUACGGCUCUAAAGGCGGUAGCGUGUUCCCAUCCAUAUCGAAACACAAGAAGGGCCACGUUGACCUCAUGACCGCUGCCUCGCAAGCCAGCAUAAUGCGCAGCCGGGACCGAAACAAGGACGACAAGGAGUUCAUCCAGCUCGACGAGUACGAGAUUCGCCUUGGCGAUGACGUGUCAGACAUGAAUAAGGGCGGUUACUUCCGGGGCGUAAACGAUACACAAGUUGAGCGCGGAUCUAUCCACACCGAUGACGCUGUUCUGCUCCCUAUCCAAGGCAACUCACCACCUGAUCCCACCGUGUUGUCCGCUCCCACGUACCAGAAGGGCUGCCCACCAAAUCACAGAUCGCCCAUGGCAACCCUCCCGCAUGCGAUCACCGUCAGGAAGGACUACAGUGUCACAGUCGAGAUGAGUCCUGAGCAGUUGAGCCCGAGUCCGCCGCGGGUGAGCGAGGAUGAACAAUCGCUCCGGCGUGGCAGGAGCAGGAGUAGCCAGAGUCCAACCAGGGGGGUUGCGCAUAAAAGCGGUCGCAGUCGGAGUUUGUUGAGAGAUGGGAGGUAG